CGAUACUGGCGAGUCUACUAAUCCAUCUGGCUGCUGAUGCACGCUGAGCCUGCACCUACUGCCUCCAUUUCUGGGGUUCCAUUUCUCUUCCUCCUGUGUUUCUGGCGUUCCAUGCCAACCCACUCCACACACGAAACCCCUGAUGAGAAACCUUAAUCUCUUUCUCUUCCUCCUCUUAUCUCUUCACUUCAUCUCAGUCCUCUCCUGGAAGAAAGACGAAUUCAGAAACUGCAACCAGACCCCCUUCUGCAAGCGCGCCAGGGCCCGCAAGCCUGGCUCCUGCUCCCUCCUUGCCCAUCACGUCACCAUCUCCGAUGGUGAACUCACUGCCAAGCUCCUCCCCAAGAAUCAUGAAACCUCGGAAGACCACCACGGAAUCAACCCCUUGCUUCUCACUCUCUCCCUGUACCAGGACGGCGUCCUGCGUCUCAAGAUUGACGAGGACCCCUCCCUCGGUCCACCCAAGAAGCGUUUUAAGGUCCCCGAUGUGAUCGUCCCCGAAUUCUCAGACAAGAAACUCUGGCUCCAGAGGAUCUCCACGGAGACGAUUGACGGCGAUACGGGGCCUUCGUCAAUCGUGCACUUAGCGGACGGCUACGAGGCUGUUCUCCGGCACGAUCCUUUUGAGGUUUACGUGCGAGAGAAGGGCAGUGGUAAUCGCGUGAUAUCCCUGAACUCACAUGGCUUGUUUGACUUCGAGCAAUUGACUGCCAAGGGAGAAGGUGAGGAGUGGGAAGAGAGUUUUCGAGGGCACACAGACACGAGGCCGUACGGCCCGCAGUCGAUUAGCUUCGACGUGUCGUUUUACGCCGCGGAUUUUGUGUACGGGAUUCCUGAGCAUGCUACGAGCCUCGCUCUCAAGCCCACCAGAGGCCCCGGAGUGGAAUAUUCCGAACCCUACAGAUUGUUUAACUUAGAUGUGUUCGAGUACAUUCACGAUUCGCCUUUCGGGAUUUACGGGUCUAUUCCGUUCAUGAUUUCGCACGGGAAGUCACGGGGAACUUCCGGGUUUUUCUGGUUGAAUGCGGCGGAGAUGCAGAUUGAUGUGAUGGGGGCCGGGUGGGAUGCCGACUCGGGGAUUUGGUUGCCAUCUGAAAAGACUAGGAUCGAUACGUUUUGGAUGAGCGAGGCAGGAAUCGUGGACGCCUUCUUUUUUGUUGGUCCAGGGCCUAAGGAUGUUGUUAGACAGUACACGAGUGUGACUGGAAUGCCUGCAAUGCCGCAGUUGUUCGCCACGGCGUAUCACCAAAAUAGAUGGAAUUAUAGGGACGAGGAGGAUGUUGAGGAUGUGGAUUCCAAAUUUGACGAGCACAACAUUCCAUACGAUGUGUUGUGGCUCGAUAUUGAGCAUACUGACGGAAAGAGAUAUUUUACUUGGGACAGAAUGCUCUUUCCGCAUCCGGAGGAGAUGCAGAGGAAGUUGGCCGCCAAGGGGAGACAUAUGGUUACGAUUGUGGAUCCUCAUAUUAAGAGGGAUGACUCGUAUAAUGUGCACAAGGAGGCCACGAAAAAGGGGUAUUAUGUUAAGGAUGCGAGUGGGAAUGACUUCGAUGGGUGGUGUUGGUCUGGUUCUUCGUCGUACCCGGAUAUGUUGAAUCCGCAGAUAAGGUCAUGGUGGGCUGACAGAUUCUCUUUUGAGCAUUAUGUUGGUUCAACUCCUUCGCUUUACAUCUGGAAUGACAUGAACGAACCUUCUGUUUUUAAUGGUCCAGAGCUGACAAUGCCAAGAGAUGCUUUACAUUAUGGAGAUGUUGAAAAUCGGGAGCUACAUAAUGCCUAUGGCUACUACUUCCACAUGGCAACAGCCAAUGGGCUUGUAAAACGUGGGGAAGGGAAGGAUAGGCCUUUUGUUUUGUCAAGAGCAUUAUUUGCUGGAAGUCAAAGGCAUGGUGCAGUUUGGACGGGAGAUAAUACAGCGGAUUGGGAUCAUCUCAGGGUUUCAGUCCCGAUGGUUUUGACACUGGGUCUUACUGGACUGCCAUUUUCUGGUGCCGAUGUUGGUGGGUUUUUUGGCAAUCCUGAACCUAAAUUAUUAGUUCGCUGGUAUCAACUUGGUGCCUACCAUCCUUUCUUUAGGGCUCAUGCUCAUCAUGACACGAAAAGACGUGAACCGUGGUUAUUUGGAGAGCGAAAUACAGAACUUAUCAGAGAUGCCAUACGUGUCCGUUACAUGUUGCUACCAUAUUUCUACACAUUAUUUAGAGAGGCAAACACAAGUGGUGUUCCUGUUGUGCGUCCACUGUGGAUGGAGUUCCCUUCUGAGGAAGCGACUUUCAGCAAUGAUGAGGCUUUCAUGGUUGGAAACAGUAUUCUGGUGCAAGGGAUUUAUACUGAGCAAGCUAAAGUUGCAUCAGUGUAUUUACCUGGUAGACAAUCUUGGUAUGACCUGAGAACUGGAACUUCAUAUAGGGGAGGCAUGACCCACAAGAUGACGGUCUCUGAAGAAACCAUUCCUGCCUUUCAAAGGGCUGGAACCAUCAUACCAAGGAAAGACCGAUUUCGGCGAAGCUCCACGCAGAUGGUGAAUGAUCCAUACACUCUGGUGAUUGCUCUUAAUAGCUCUCAAGCAGCUGAAGGUGAACUCUAUGUUGAUGACGGCAAAAGCUUUGAAUUUGAGCAUGGGGCCUAUAUUCAUCGCCGGUUUGUGUUAUCAGAUGGCAAGCUGACGUCUGUGAACCUGGCACCCGCUUCCUCUGGUAAAUCCCGAUUUUCUUCAGAAACUGUUAUUGAGAGAAUUAUAGUGCUAGGACAUACUCACAGCCCUAAGGGUGCCCUAAUUGAGGCGACAAAUCAAAAGGUCGAAAUUGGACUGGGGCCCCUGUGGCUUCAGUGGGGACGUGGCUCCACUGUUGUAACUGUCCGCAAGCCUGGUAUCCGAAUUGCAGACGACUGGACGAUAAAAUUUUUGUAAGAAUGUUGACGUAUAUGGCUUUUUUUCCUAGCGGGGAUGAAAUCUCCUAUGUUUCUGGUACGAUCAUUAUCGAUGGAAUUCUUUCCGUCAUUUUGACCUGUGGUGGCGCAAUCUGGAACUCAGAACUAUGUAUGAUACACAUUAGUAAGGGCAAUGUAUCUAAUUCCUCGAAUGUUACUAUCCUGCGGAAGCAUAAAAAAUAUGAAACAGUGAAAGAAAGAAAUGAAGGAAGAUAACGCCCUGUUGGAUUA